CUCGCCCAGAGCCCUCGCCUGGGCCGCCUGGGAAAGGCUCAACACUGCGCCUCUUUUGGUUAACCUACCAAAGACCGAUAAACCUAUCAGUGUCUAUUCCAUCCCCUUUCUUAUCCAGAGUUACCUCGAGUUGGAGGUUGUGUGGUCAUGGCACGCUGUCUGCCGUAUCCUCCCCGCCUAUGCCGCUUUCGCACCUGAAGCCAGCGCCAGCAUCUCGCCAGUCCCAAGUGUGUCCCGCGUCGGCGGUCUUCGAGUUUAACUAGUCCUCGCAAUCCUUUCCUCAAACUUAUCUACUUCUCGUCGAGAAUGACUCUGAGAUGACCACUUCAUUCCACACCCAGUCCGAUUCCGUCUCCGCACAAACGCUGAUGUUGCUGUCCCACGACCAUCACCGGUGACAAGUCUCCGCCGACGCCAUGCCGCGCCCAAAGAAACCCGACCAGGAUGGGAAAGAGGUCAAGAAACGCUCCAGGAAUGGUUGCUGGUUGGUCCAUACUUCCUUACAGCGGCGAGCUCAAUAACUCAUGUUUCCUUUGCGCAGGCCUUGCAAGUCGAGGAAGGUCAAAUGUGGUGAGGAGAAGCCAACCUGCGCCAACUGUCAGCGACAAGGCGAAACCUGCGAUUACAGUAUUCGAUUGAAUUGGGAUGGUCGGAACAAGAAGAAAGAGGAAGGGAAUGCAAAGCCUGGCGCGCAGAUUCUGUCGUUUAGCAGUCCGCAACCUCCCUCGAAUGGAUACACCAACGGCUCCCUCGAGCAGAGUCCCAACAUCCACGACCAGAUCUUAGCCCCUCCAGUCACCAUCCAGGCUCCCGACUAUGCAGUCGACCAACCUUCUGCAGACUCCGGGUUGCCAUCGAUUAAUCAUUUCUCAAACAGUCUCGCUGUCCCGGCGACGACCGAUUUCAACCCUGCGAUCCUUCCACCUCCGCCGAUGCUGAGAACUCCCCAGUGGGGUGACAGCACGAAUGUGAAUCCUCCCUCUAUGCCCGACCCGACUCUCAUCCCACCCUCUGUGCGACAUCCGCUGUCGCUGCCACCCUAUCCUUCUCCGUCAGAAUCUGGAUUUGGCAGUCCGAACCUCGGCAACGGCAUGAACAAUUUCAACGGCUAUUCCAUGCAGAUGCCUCCGCCUAUGCACACAUCUAAUCCAAUGACUUAUCAAGAAUCUGUCAAUUCACCCUACAACCCAAACAAGAGGAUGAAAUUAAGUCCGAGAACAGACAGUUUCGGGAGGACGGCCCCCAACUAUCAACGAGCAGGAUCCUAUGGUCCGAAUGACACUGAAGAGGUCGGCCCGCGUGUCCAGUUCAACCCACACACGCCCACUUUCUUUCCCUCCUAUCUUAGCAAUCCCUUAACACCAGCCACUUCGUCCACCUCUCAGACGCAAGACAACGAGGACAGACGUAUCUCCGUGAGCUCGCUGCUCUCCGAAGAUCCGGAGCCCGAGGAACGCAGAGAUUCUAAGCAAGAUGAUCAGAACGGCAUGGCCGAUGAACAGAUCCCACGACGGGGCUCUUUACACCAGCGGAUGAUAUCAUACUCGGAAACGGAGACUUACGGUCAAGACCGUGGUAAUGUCGACCUCGACAUUCCCCGGAACAACGAUACCAUGGCCAUCUCAGGCAUGUCACCCUCGGAACACAGCGACUUCGAGUCUUGGUUGAAUGACACAGAUCUGGGUGUCCCCGAGUUUGGCUUCGGUCUGGUCAGUCGAGAGACUGUGUUUGCAAGUGGAGGAUAUUAUGCCUCGCCUGUGCCCAUCAAGAUCCCCCGAAAAUUGGAGCCAUUGCCUCGCACUCUGUCGGAGAAUCCGAUGAACCUAUUAUACUUCCAUCACUUCCUCAACCACACGGCUAGAAUCCUUGUCCCCCACGAUUGUCCAGAAAACCCAUUUAAAACGAUACUACCAAAGAUGGCCGUCGAUAACCCGAAUCUGCUGAAUCUGCUGCUCGCGUAUUCAGCAUGCCACCGAGCUAGGCUUUUAAACCAUCGCGAGCCUGCGAACCGCAUAGCACACUGGGUCCGGGACGUCUUCCCUUCCCUGCGGCAGACACUGGAUAACGUGUCAAACACCGAGGUAUCGAACGCGAAUUUGGCGACGGCUAUCAUGCUUGCCUCAUUGGAAAUUAUCUCGCCCUCCAGUUUUGGUGUGUCGAUACCAUGGCAAAAUCAUCUCAGCAUUGCUCGGAGCAUUAUCCGCGCCCGCACAGGCCCGCAUUCGAUUUCGCGCAAAGACCCUGUUAUGUAUUUUUUGACGAGGUGGCUGGCAUACCUCGACGUGAUGGGCUCACUGUCCGGGAGGCGCAAUGAGGAGCCCCUGUUUGCAGGUAAUUAUUGGUCGAGUUCGCACGAGGACAGCACCUCAGCCAAAGAGUUGUCCUUGACCGAUGAUGAUGGCGAUGAUGAAGACGACUAUACGAUCGACUGCCUUCUCGGCUUCACUACGCGAUGUGUGCAAAUCCUGGCUCAGGUGGCUCUUUUGGCGAGAGAAUGUGAAACGGCGGGCAGAAUUGAUCCAGACACAGGACAAAUCAACGAAGACUGGAAACCCUCCAAGGACAUACUCAAAAGGGCGGACAAAUUGCGUCAAGAUCUUGAACGAGCUCGCAACCAUGAACAGAUCCAGUGUGCGCAUCACAGUCCCCAGAUGACCAAAGCAUCUCUCUGCGGAACGCACGGCACGCGGCGUAAUUCGGCUUAUGCCGAAAUGUCGGAAAAGGAUGUUGAAGAGUCGCUGGCGACAAACUCUGCCUUUCACUGGGCGGGGCUGGUGCACCUCCUGCGGCGAAUUCAUAAUCUACCGCGCGGGGACCCGGAGGUGCAGACGGCAGUCCACGAGAUUGUCAAGGUCCUACAGCAGAUCCGCGCUGGCGGAAGUGCCGAAGCAUGUUUGCUCUUCCCCAUGUUUACCGCCGGAGUCGAAGCGGAAGAUGCGUUGGAUCGCGCCGAAGUCUUGAGUCGAAUCAAAGGAGCUGAGGGACUUGGAAUGUGUCAAGUCAGUCGAGCUCGGCGGAUUAUGGAGGAAGUUUGGAGGACAGGAUUCAGUUGGGAAUGCCUUGUAACUGGCGAGUUCUUUGGAUGACCUACUAUUUGGCAGUUUGAAAGGAGAGAUUUGAUGAAAUGAGUCUUUGCGGAGAGGAAAAGGCGGCCAAUCUACUUCAUGUCUCGCCUAGUUUAUGUCCACGGAGCACCUUUUCUUGAGCGUUGGAGUUGCGGGCGUCGUGCAAAUACCCCAGAUUGUCAUCACAUUCCAUCGAAAUCUGGUAUAUACCUCCCAAAGGUGACAAAUACGAUGCUGCCUUUUGAUCA